UUUUGAAGUGUAUCGGAUAUCACCUUGCACAACCCAUGCAAAAUGUCCAUGACUUACGGUAAGCUUUUAACCUUUUAUUUUGCUGUCUUAUAUGCACAAAAUAAACAAUUCUGCUUGAAAAAAGAAGCUGUAUAACCUCCUUUUAUAAUAUCUAGCUAUUAAUGUGUUUUUAUAGCUUUAUUUUUGUUUUGACAGGGACAAUUCCGGCCUUUUAUCGAGAGGUCUAUCAAACUCUUUGCACGGACGGAUCCAGUAAAAUUGAGAAAGAUGUGUUGCAAAAGGUUUUGACAAAAUCUGGUCUGCCCGUUGCGACUGUAGCCACGGUUAGUACGUUUUAUGCGCGGGGUUUUUGUUCGUAAUUAGGACAUUUAUUAUAUCGGUCUUAAGCAUUUAUUCCUGGCAAAUUUGUUAAAUUUGAUGCCCCUUUGCCCAUGUAUGGCUGAUGCAAAUAUUAUCCGAUUUGUAACAUUUGUGAUGACACGUGUUUAUUUAACCUUGCCUAAACUCUGUCUAGUGGCAGAUGAUUUUACUCUUCAAGGGGAGAGUGCUACCACUCAGAGUUAACCAUUGAGUGGCAGCACUUUCCCCCUGACAAGUAAAAUUGUCUGGUGUUAGAGUAAAAUAAUAAAGUAGAGCACAUGUGGGCGUAUUGUCACUUAAAGAGUUAACAGGAUGCAUGGACAGAUUAACCCAUUGAGUGGCAGCAUUCUCCCCCUGACAAGUAAAAUCGUCUGGUGUUAGACAGAGUAAAAUAAUAAAGCAGGCAUUAAAAUACGGAAUUUUUACAACGACACACUUUGCCUUCAGAGGCAUAUUUUUGGUAUAAAUGCGCAGACUCACGAGAACGAGUGGCGAAGCCACAAGUUUAGCGUCGAAGACGCGAGCUUUUAAGGGGGUCUCUGAAAUGGCAUUCUCAGUGUUCUGAGAACAGAAUUUGGAAAAUAUUUGGCCAUUUUGCGUGGAUUACAUUAAUAUAUUUUCGGUUUAAUAUAUUUUCAAGUACACACUUUUCAAUUUACAAGGGCACAUUCGCCUUUUACAAGGACACAAAGUGUGUACAAGGACACGCUAUUUUAAUGCCUGUAAUAAAGUAAGGCGCAUCAGGGUGCUUUGCCAGUGUGUUUAACCCAUGAAGUGGCAGCACUCUCUCCUUGACAAGUAAAUUCAUCUGGCAUUAGAUGGAAUAAAGUAAUAAAGAAGGGCACAUCAUGGCGCAUUGCCACUAAAAGGGUACACUCUGGCAGAGGGUGAAACUUUUUUAUCAAUAUAACCUAAAUCAAAGUAAAUAAAGGAGGGGUGCAAGCAAGGGGUAGGGAUUUGACCAAAAAAUGAACUUUUGUGUAAAAUUCCGGUUAAUAUGCAAAAUACUUGAAGAUUGCGAUGAAUGUUCUGGACAAUCCCCCACCUCUUACCCUCCCCCCAGGGAUUUACAUUAAUAGGUAGUAAGUUAAUGGUUAAUACACCCUUCCCUUGUUAUCAUGUAUGUGAGAUUAAUUAAUUCAAGCCUUUCAAUCAUGAAAAUGAGGCUGUGUAGCCAAAGUGAUAUACUUUCCAGAAGGGUCUAUUAACCUGCCCAUGCAUCAUGACUUAAUGUGUGUCAAAUUUGUUUUAGAUAUAUGAGAGUGCAGACUCUGGUCAUGAAGGUUCAGUUGGCAGAGAUGGUCUCUACAAGGCACUUGCUCUUACUGCACUUGCACAGCAGGGGAAACCGGUUAAUGAGAAGUUACUGGAAGGAUUCAUUGGCAUGGGUAUGUUACGGUAUUUCUGUAUGCUUCUGUCCCAUUCACAUUUUUUAUUUGUCACUUGCAAAUUAUGCACCAGAUUCGACAAUCAUGGAGAGAGAUUUGAUGCCAUUCUCAGAAAAAUCACUAAUUACUGGAAAUGCACCCAACUUUAUUUUAAUUAUUCAUCUAAGGGGAGAGCGCUGGAAAUAAAGUACGCAUGUAUAUUUAUUCUUUACCGCAGAACUUCCCAAACCAGACCUUGGUGACAUAACAGAUGUGAAAGCUGCGAGCAUUCAAGUGCAGAAGAAGAAGAAUCCUGCAAUCCUUGGACUUAAGUAUGAGCAACUGGUUGCUAUGGAUACAAUAUCUGUGGAUCUCGUUCCUGAGAAAAAAGGAAUACUUCUCAAACACAACGAAUACAGCAUACACAGCGAGGUAUGGUUAGAUUUCUAGAUGAUUCCGGUUGGCCAUUUAACAGUAAUGGUGUCUUGUCUAUUGUAGGGUAGGGGUGGCAGAACUGGGGGCGGGGGCUUUGCCCCCAAAGGUAAAACUAUGUACGAUCACCAAAUUGGCUGAAAAUUAGUCCCCCUCCUCUAGUUCUUUUGCCACAGUUAAAAUUAUAUGGUAUUUUGAAAUAUUUUCUAAGUAUGAAACCUUUCUCGAUAUCUGUGAUUUUGUGUAGAAUCAGGGGUCCCAGUUGGUUUGAAAAUGCAUUAUUCAGAAAUAAAGUUAAUUAUCUGUAAUACGAUUCUUUUUAAGAAAUACAAAACGACAGUCCAUCGACGUUACAAAGAUUUUGAAGCUCUCUUUGAUCUAUUACUUGCACGUUUUCCAUAUCGAAUGGUACCAAAGUUACCUCCAAAGAAGGCUGUUGGAGGUAUGUAAAAGGUUUCUGAUAAAUACAAAAUUUCACAUUAUUUUGAAAAAUUAUCUCCUAUUGUUGCCUCAGGGAUUGUUGCCAUAUGAUUAAUCUUGCACUGGAAUUCUCUUACCUUUGCAUAUACUGUAACCCCCUCCCCCCAUGUAUUCAGAUAAAAGACAUACUGUACCAUAGACAGCUACUGUACAUAUGCACAAUAAGCUCAUGUUAUCAUUGUUGUACUUUGAAGCGAGUAAAGAGUUUAUUGAAUCAAGAAGACGAUCAUUAAGAAGAUUUCUCAAUAUAAUUGCUCGACAUCCUGUUCUAAACAGUGAUAAAAUCUUUGUAUGGUUUAUGACAACAAAAGGAUCAGUAAGUGUUGCUUAUCAGAAUAUCUGCCCUGUGCAAUAUGCAUCCUACUCUGUUAUAAUAAUUUUACCCUAUCUAAUGAAUACAAUGAAAAGGAUUGUUUUUUUUUAAUAGGAUAUAGGAGUCAAACUCAAAGAUCAAUUUAAAGGAAUUCCAGAUGAGUUUAUGACCAGUGCUUCAGCCAGUAGAGCAAAGGUAUAUCACAUUGCACUAUAUAUUGUGUAUUGCCUACCAACUACUAUAAAUACUGGAUCUAAACUCUUCUCUCUAAAAGUCCUGGGGGCAGUUUUAUGAAGGCUGUAUAGCUCAGUCCAUGGAAUAGUGAUUUUUUAAACUUUUCUAUGAAACUACAGAUAUGGACCCCUCAAAUGAUAAAAAGAAACUUUAAUUAAAAAUAUAAAUACUAAAGUUGUAUUUGGGUUUCCGUUACACUAAUCACAACAGCAGAUUAUACAAUAGCCGCUAUGCCACAUUUACAACACAAUACAAGUUCUUUUGGAUAGAUCUACUGUAUGUAAUUCACUACGGUUGGUUCACAGAAUCAGCAAAUCUUCUCCAUUGCUUCAAACCAUUUGGUAAUCGUCAUACAGGACUGGUAUACAUGUAACUUUUGUAAUAUAACACUGCAUAUUAUUUUAGCAUAAUGUUUCGUAUUUAGGAGUUGGUAUCUAAAGACACACAGCUGCAUUUCAGCCAAGCAAGGGAACAACUGUUUAAAGUUCAUGAUAGUUGUUAUAAUCUGAAAGAAAUCAUGGAUCGACAAGGAACAAGGACGCUUAGUAUGUCAAAUAGUGAUUUAUAACUAAUUUAGGGUUCUUGCUGAAAAAAAUUGGGAAAAUAGAUUUAGCUUGAUCAUUCUGAUAUCCUGUCUUCAUCUUCACUAUUUUAGAUUAUGCAUCUGACAUGUUGGAUGUUGCAAGACAAUUAAAGUAAGCCAUGUUAACCAUUGAGUCACAUUGCGCCCAGAUGUGCCCCACUUUAUUAUUUUACUCUAAUGCCAGACAAUUUUACUCUUCAGGGGGAGAGUGCUGCCACUUAAUGGGUUAAUGUGCAAGACUCUCUCCUUGAUGCAUAAACUAGUCUGACAUUAGACAGAGUAGACUAACAAAGUCAGAUGCAUUUAGGCACAUAUUGCAGCAGUUGUGACCAGAGAGGUGGAAGGCAUAUCCACUAACCUCUGAAUUAGUGGCUUCAAGUCUGUACAUUUUUCUUUGUACCAUUCUUACAGUAAUUUAAGCAAUGAUAAAACUCCGUCAUCUUCUUGGGCAACCGGAACUAACACAAAUUGGACCAACUUAAAACAAGGCUUCAAAGGAUUAUCUGUCCAUUUUGAGAAAGCUUCAGAAGCCGCAGCUAAACAGGUAUGGCAGAGGACCUAAGUGUUGCAUUUUUUGCAACUGCUCCUUGUUAGGCCUUAAUGACCAAACCCUGAAACCCGGCAAUGGCUGUGGUCAACUCUGGGUAACAGAGAGAGCAUGUGUCACCCUCAUGCAUGCAGAGAAUUUUAAAUUCAUAAAUUUUAAAUGCAUCACCUUUGCCAUUUGCAGUACAUGGCAGAUGACGACAGUUCAGCAGAGCAUUUGGCAUAUUUUCUGGAUGUGACUUCAGCUUAUAAGGUACGAGUGGACUUGUAAUAAACAUUUCCAACAUGCAUGCUCUAAUAUGGCCUAUCGUUUAGGACUUGUGCAAACGAUUGGAGAGUGGCGUUUUAAAGGAUCACCAACAUGCCUUACAAAAAAUGCAACAAAUUAAGAAACGCCAGAUUCAUGCCCAAGCCAGGGGCCAGGAACACUCUGCCAUUGAUGAACUGGAAUCCAGGAUAGUACAACAGGAAAAUGAAAUCUCCAACAUGGAAACACGAAAUUUCUUCUCGUUACACUGUGCUCAGCUAGAGACACAGUUAGUUCAUGCAAAUUUAAAUAUACUUCAUGUUGCGCUCAAGACAUUGGUCGCUUCACAGGUCAUUGAACAUGAAGAUGUAAGUUUCUCUUUCUGUUAUUUUUUAAAUUUUUUUAAAUGUUCUGAAAGUUUGGAGUGGUUUGGGGCACUUUUUGAAUGCCCCCCCCCCCCUUUGUGUUACAUGGUGUUCAGUAUCACACAUUUCAUUUUUUUUUUUCAGUUAACAGGUGUGUGGCAAGCAAUGGUAUCCAACGCCGAAAACCUGCUUUCCAGUCCAGAUCAACCGGUUUCACCACCAGUAUCACCUGUAUGAAAUUAAUUAUCAAACUUUGGGUUUUGACCCACAGAGAAGUUAGUUUAUCAUAGUAAUUAAAUUCUAUAUAUGACUAUACUGUAUUGAGGUGUGUUGUAAACAUACUGCUACAGAUAAUUUGGUUUUAAUAUAAGUCAAUGAAUUGCCUGCCAGCUUGGGUUACUAGAUGUUGUGUCCCAGGGUCAGGUGAAAUUUUUAUUUUAAUGACAAAACUCAACAUUGGUUGCUAUUUUUUAAAUUUACUGCCAAUAUUUUAUUAAAAUAUCAUUAAUUAUUAUCAUUCUCAAAGAAAAUUGAAAGGAAAUUGAAUGUUUAAUUAAUAUCUGUAAAUCGGAUGCAGAUUUCAACUUGAUUUACAUAAAGUUUAGCUUCAUUUUUUCUUGCCAAAAUGAACCUAAUUGUUGGCCAGUUAUAGUUGGUAAAGCUAGUUGAUGGCCUUGGUGCAUUAUUUUUGUAAAUGUGGCAGUUAAAAUAUGGGGUGGCUUAUAUUUUAUAAACAGUUUGGUGCAUGGACAAAGCUAUCCAUUAGUUGUACAAGAAGAGGUCAUGGUAAUCUGUCUACAGGGCUUCAUCUGCAGUCUGACAGAUUGUCGAUAUUUGUGUAAUUACUGUAUAAAGACAAAAUGAGGCCAAGAGCCACGUUGAGUUAGUUGAUUGAAAGAAAAAAAAUCAUAAAAGAAAUAAAAACAUAUGACCAAGGUUAACCCUUUAACCCAUUGAGUGGCAGCACUCUCUCCCUGACGAGUAAAUUGUUUGUUAUUUUACUCUGUCUAACAGUGGGUUAUUUUAUUCUGUCUAACAUGCCAGACAUUUUAGUCCUCAAGGGGAGAGUGCUGCCACUUGAUGGGUUAAGUAUAGGCCGGUACAACUGAAAUAGAGAUUAUGUGGUGUAUUUCAGAAUAAUCUUUUUAUUCUAAUUGUAAAACUAGAGCACACUAAUAAAUGAUAAUUAAAUUCUCACAUGUAAUUUUAUACCUGUCUGUGUUUCAAGUAUUAUAUCAGCCUGCGGGCAAGUCUUUUCUCGCAAAAUUUAACUUGCAGGCUGGUCCAACUGACACACACUAAAUUAAUUAAUAAGCUACUAUACUAUGCUAUUUCUAUUAUUUUACAGUCUGAUUAUCAUUAUAUCAGUUUGUGGACCCCUUGCGUUGCCACAAAUAUGUAAAAAACAGUGGCAAAGCUGCCCAUAGCAACAGGUCGUGCUAUAAAAUGUUUUAAUGAUUUGCACUAUUUAUACCUUUAGAAAUUUCUCUUUGACCUAUUUAUGGCAGGUGUUUUAGCAUAUCAUAACCAGUUACCUGACCAGCUUUGCCAUUGCCAUCAAAACAUUAAUUGGAUAGCAUGGGGUUCUCAAAACCAAAUGAAAAUACAUUGGAAAAUUCUAGUCACUGGAUUAUGUAUGUAUGGCACACAUACAGUAUGUUAUCUCUGGGGCCAGUUGUUCAAAGUUGGAUUAGGUUGUUUUAGUUUAUGUUUUUCUGCACAUCUAUUUUAAUACUUCAGAGAAAAAACUCGGACAAGAUUUCUGAAGAAAUAUGUCCAAAUUUAUAAACCAGUCUUUUGGAAGUUUGCUUUGAAUUUUAAGUUAGCCUUGGAUUAUGCUUAUCCAGCUUUGAACAGUUGGUCCCUGAUGUAAUGAAUUAUAUUGAACUGGUUCAUAUUCUAAUAUACCAAAUCCUUAGUACCACCUUGAUGUCCGAGUCAUGAUCUGGAAUAUUGAAUCUCCUCUUCCUCGGCAUUCAAAGCUUCAAGUAGCCAAUCAGAUUGGUUGUUACUGCCAGCACCUGCUUUAUAAUAAUCCCCAUUUAUUGGAAACCCAUGAUUUUCAUCUGGAGGUGAUAUGAGACACUGCAACAGAGCCAUGACCAGCGAGUACACGGCACAGACAGCUGCCGCACAUUCAAACACUUGUAUAGGACCAUAAAGUUGGUAACCGAUGGAUGCCAACACACCGCCGACGCCCAUGCCGAGCCCAUAAUAUGAUGUGGUAAACAGAUUCUGCAUUGAUCGUUCGAAGCCAAUUGGUGCAACCAAGACGGCAAGGGACAUUGAUGUUAACCAAAUCGAAGAGGAUGUCAGCGCAUGGAGAAACUCUAUUGGGAUAACCAUCAACGGGUGGUUAAUAUAUGAAUACAAUAUGAACCGAGUGGCAAACCCGAACAUCGAUAUGAAAAACAUCCAACCGUGUCCAAGCCAGUGUAUCAGGUAUUUGGUUAAAAAUAAUAGGGGUAUCUGGGAUAGCCCUGAUACGAACACUAUUAACCCCAUAUGUAUCUCAUUACCCCCGAGGUCUUGGAUGUACCAGAAUAGGUAACUCGAUACGGCAGAUUGCGCUGUGCCGAGUAUUGCCAUGGCAACAAUAGCUACGAUGCAAUUUGGGUUCUUGCAGGCGACUUUUAGUACUCGGCAGAAUUUAAAUUUGGCAGUCACUUUGUGUGCUGGGGCUUUCAUGAUUACAACGAAUAUGAGAGCUGUCGUUGCAAAUAGCAUGUGGAAGCCAAAAUGCAGGUCGAAAACAUUCUGCGACAGCUUGAAACUGCACGGUAACUUGUAAACAACCACUGCCACAAGCAAUGACAUGACACUCCAGCCAAGAACACUGCAGAGUCGCUGUAUAUUAUAACUCGCAUUAUGUUCUUUAAUGAUUGCCAAGCUGACUAGUUCAUGAAGGGGCUUUGCCGGGCUUGACAUAAAUGUGCCGACAGCUACUAUCACCAAAAAUGUCAAGAACUGUUUAUCAAAUUUCAGACCAAUAGCAUGAAAUAUAUCUUGUUCAAUGCUCACGUUGAACAUAGCUUGAAAAUGGAUUGAAUUGUUUGUGUUGACAUGAUUAAAUAUACUAGAACCCAAAUUAGUCAUCAAACUUUGGUUCACAUUUUCGCCAAUAUCAGCGCAGUUCUGUCUCGUUUUUUCUUGAUAUUUCGCUGUAAACACGAACGCCAUGUUAGCCAGAGCGCCAAAGAGCACAGCCAUUACAAGGACACAUUUGCGAGCGUUUAUUUUGCUUGCAAGAAACGACAGCGUAGGUGCAGACCAAAAGAUAAUUAAAUAUCUUGUUGAAACCAAGAGGCCAGCUUGGAUGGCAGACAUGCCAUUUAGACGAAAAAAUAUCGGUAGAAACGGCAUGAGGCAUCCUAAACUUGCCGAGUAAAAGAACACGAAUAGUUUUGGAGUUAACAGGAAACGCUGGUAGGUCGACGAGCCAUGGUUUUUGUCAAAUUCCAAAUACAUCUUCGAGUUUAAAAUCGCUUCGACACCAGGACCAGGGUAGCUUAAGUUUGCUGUCGUUUCACAAAAAAGAUCAAACACUACGAUUUUGUCGAUUUAGGCUUUAAAGUUUAAAAACCAUGACAGCAUUAAGGUUACGUAAAAUAUUUCAUCUAAAAACAAAGCAAUUUGCAUAAU